AUUUGCACACCGCACAGUUCAUCGACACCCUCUUCCACUCAUCAUGUUCACAAAGCGAUCACUCUCGACCCUCUCGGCGUACGAGCGGCAAGCUCUGCGACUCCAAUGGCUCCGCAGCGGCAAGUGUCACCGAUGCUUCCACGCCUCCCUGCGUACGAGGGCCGAGGAAGCAGCAGAAGCUGAAGGCAAGGCUAGGAAGACGCGCGUGAAUGCUCCGAAACGCGGGCCAUCGAGGCAGCAACGGGCGGCAAUGGUCUCCGAGGAAGUGAAGAUGCUGCAGCGCGACCUCCCCAAGUCCGAAGCGGACUCCAAUACGCCACAGCCUUCUGGCGCGAGUAAGGAGGUCAAUUCCGAAGCAGUGGGCAAGAGCGCACGUGGUGGGCAGAUGGGUCAAAAUGACAGCCCUACGCAAGAGGGGCCUUACGCGCAAGGCAGCGACCCCAACGUGCGAAACGGCGUAAAGGUUACGGGGCGUUCAAGCGCAGCCAAGGGCACGAGUCGGCCGGUCAACGUGGAACAUGCCGAUGAGAAGAGAGGCCAUGGCAUACAAGAACCUGUGCAGAGUGCAGACACAACCCUCGCUGAUCAGCACAUACUCGAUCCGGAGUCGAGCAUCAAUCUCGAGGUGGAACCCAACUUUAGACCACUCUACAAACGCGACGCAUCGACCAUCGUCGCCAACAACUUCGAGGGUGUCAUUGAAGAGCAUUUGAGUGCAGUGUCGGACGCCGGGAUCAGCGAAGAUAACCGCGCAACGAGUCAGCUUGCUCGAAAACUAUGGAGCAAGCAAUUCGUCCGCUUCGAGUCGCCCGACGAAAAAGCCGAGACGCUGGAGAUGGUGAAACGAAUGAUGCCUAAGAGAAAAGAUUCGGCCGUCAAGAAACCUUCUUUCCAGCCGCUUCCCGAGAAGCUCAGGAACGGGUUGAUCGAGCAGAUGAUUGCGGGGAGAUACCACCAAGAAGAGUUGCUGAACGGCAAAAAGGUGUUUCAGCAAUCUGUACUGAACAACAUCGCCCGUGCGACUACGCUGAAUGGGACGUACCUUCGCGCGGAUGGAGACCGGUUGAUGGCGAAGGUGAGGAGUCUGUUGCCAGCAGCAAGGACUGCAAAGGCGCCGCCCCCGCCGCCGCAACAGAAGGCUCAAGUGUAAAGAGUAGACAACCACAAGAUAUCAUUUAGCACAGCACAUCGCCACUGUAUCGACGAAAUAGUUGCAUAUCGAAUGCGAGAUCGUCACAUUUCGCAAUGCUUGAGCACUGACCACGGCUCGGGAUCGCGUGAACUUAGGUAAUU